AUGUCGGAUACCAUCAAGGAGAUCGUCGACAUCCCGCAGAACUUCUUCCGCGAAGGCACCCACUUUGUCAACCGAUGCACAAAGCCUAACCGCAAAGAGCAAACGAGGCAUGCGCCCGCCCUUGUUCAGGAAGGAAUCAUUCUGCCCGCUUCGAGCAUCCCCACUAACCGCAGCCUCUCUUGUUUCAUGUCGCGGCUUCGCACGCAUCAAGAGUACAUCCAGAUCUGCCGCGCGGUCGGCAUGGGCUUCGUCGUCAUGGGUUUCAUCGGUUACUUUGUCAAGCUCGUACGUACACACGUCUCGCUCACACCCCAGGGGCUGCAUCGCUUACAAAUGCCCUCUCGUCUUGUCGCCGCUUCGCUUCGCAACAGAUCCACAUCCCAAUCCACUCGAUCCUUGUGUAAGUUCCACCUCGUUGCCUCGCCGCAAGCGGAGAUUGAUGACAUGUACUGA